ACCAGGCCGGAGCCGGAAGUGCUGUGGCAGUGGCGCGGGCCACGUGCAGACCCUCCGGGAGUCGGAGCCCGACGAGCGUCGCCGGUGCAUAUCCUGCCUCCUGGCCCCCUUACAUGUUCAUGCCGACACACCUCCCAGGUCCCUGGCACCUGCCAGACAGCAACACCAUGAGCUUCGUGGCGUAUGAGGAGCUGAUCAAAGAGGGUGACACAGCCAUCCUGUCACUGGGCCAUGGUGCGAUGGUGGCAGUGCGUGUGCAGCGUGGGGCCCAGACCCAGACCCGGCACGGCGUCCUUCGGCAUUCAGUAGACCUCAUUGGCCGCCCCUUCGGCUCCAAGGUGACCUGCGGCCGAGGUGGCUGGGUGUACGUGCUGCACCCCACACCUGAGCUCUGGACACUGAACCUGCCACACCGCACCCAGAUCCUCUACUCCACCGACAUUGCCCUGCUCACCAUGAUGCUGGAGCUUCGGCCAGGCUCUGUGGUCUGUGAAUCGGGCACCGGCAGCGGCUCCGUGUCGCACGCCAUCAUCCGCACCAUCGCACCCACGGGCCACCUGCACACGGUGGAGUUCCACCAGCAGCGGGCGGAGAAGGCUCGGGAGGAGUUCCAGGAGCAUGGCGUGGGCCGAUGGGUGACCGUGCGCACCCAGGACGUGUGCCGCAGCGGCUUCGGCGUGAGCCGCGAGGCGGACGCUGUCUUCCUGGACAUCCCCUCGCCUUGGGAGGCCGUGGGCCAUGCCUGGGACGCCCUGAAGGUUGAAGGCGGGCGCUUCUGCUCCUUCUCCCCGUGCAUCGAGCAGGUGCAGCGCACGUGCCAGGCGCUGGCGGCCUGCGGCUUCUCGGAGCUCAGCACCCUGGAGGUGUUGCCCCAGGUCUACAACGUGCGCACCAUCAGCCUGCCCGCGCCCGACCUGGGGGCCAGUCCGGGCCCCGACGCCGGCCCCUUCCGCAGCGGCAUGCCCAUGAAGGAGACCGUGGGCCACACCGGCUACCUGACCUUUGCCACCAAGACCCCGGGCUAGUGAGCCGCCUGCAGGAGCUCCAGGGAGCUGGGAGCACCGCGGGGCCGGACGGGGAGGCGAAGCUCGGCCAGAGGCUGCCUUAUAUGGUCGGCGGGUGCCAGCCGGGGCCUGUGUUUAGAAACGGACGGACGCGGGGUGGGGCGGGGCCGGGGGCCUCCCGGGCAGCUGAGUGGGGCUGCCACGGUGGAACAGCAUCCGGCCCCCGGGGAGGGAGGCCUCCCGCCCACGUCACCGCCGUGGUCAGCGUCCCCGUCCUGCUGCUCUUUGUUGCCACUCACCGUCUCCACUGCCGUAGGCUCUCCUGGAUGUUGAGGCCCGAGAGUGCAGGUGGCGGGGUGCAGGUCUGACCCUUCCCAGGUGGCCCCAAACGAGGAGGGAGGAAACGGGGGUUGCAAAGACCCGGAGGAGGAGGGCCAGGGACCCCCAUGGUCCAGCUGCCCGGCAUCUGAGGCGACCCCGCUGUGUGGCCUCAGGUCUGACCCCACCCCUCUGGGCAGUGCACAGGCCGCGUGGGCAUGUCCCCAGAUUCCCGCUGGCGAAGGGCCGGGGCAGCCCCGCUGAUUCGCUUCUGCCUCCGGGAAGUACCUCUGCGGCCCUGGCCCAGCCAGAGCCCUCUCGUGUCGAUGCGUGCGAACACGCAGCGUCAUGUAGGGAAGAGCUGGGCAGGGCGGGAACGUGCUUCCGGUGGCUGGCCAGUCGGGUCAGAGCCACUCGGUGCCCCUGCCGCUCACAGGAGCCGCAGGGAUGUGGGGAUGGGGGCGUGCACCCAGGAUGGAGGGGGCGACGCCAACCCUGCCCUGGCCUGCUCUCCAGCUCUGGUGCACGGCUGGCAUCCCUCCCGCCCUGCUGCUCGAAGGGCCUGGGUGCCUGCCCUUGGCCUCAGCCAGCCGUCAGGAGACUCGGUGACCCCAGGUCGGCGCGAGAGCCCCAGGGUACCGGGCUGGCCUGAGGCUGGUCCCCGACCACCCCUGGCAGAGAAAUAAAACACUGUUGCCCCUGCUGUGCUGACUGGUCCACCCUGG